CACAGUGCCUGGGCUCCGAGAGAGCAUCCCAUCCGCUGGCGGUGCCUAUUCCUCCUCUCCUUGUGCCACUAGGAGCAAGAGGCCAUCAUUUUCACUGAAGUCCAUCUUGAGCCCAAGAACAACGAUGGGCAUCUCCAUCUACCUCAGCCGCUUCCUCACUCUCUUCCUCUGCCUUGUCUUCCCCUCCUAUCUCGCCAUCCGCGGUACCGAUUCGUUGUCCGACACCGCACUUCUCUUUUCCUCCCUCUCCCGGCGUGCUGAAGCCGUCCACUUUGCACUCACCUCCCCGCUUGCCCCCGCUCCAGCGCCAAUCUCCACGGAAGCCACAGGCAGGAGAAGGAAGAGAUACCCCUCCUUUCCCGAUGCGUUGGCGCACUCCAUCAACUCCUUUGAACAGUACGCUUUCCUCGCCGAGAAAGUGCUCCAGCGGAAGCAUGCGCGGUAUGCCAAGCAGACGCCCGCGCAGAAGGCGAUAAGCAACAAGAUCGGGUAUUCAACGCACUUCGAGAAAUCCAGGAAAGCAGUCGAGCUGAACGCCCGGUUCGUGGAGCAGAUUGCGCAGAUUGCUCGGGCGCACUACCACACGGGCCCAGGGGCGCUGGAGGAUGAAGAAGACGCCGAUUUCGGGCUUGUGGACCUAGCGUUUGGACACCUUUCGCGAGACUGGAGCACGCAGGGCGCAAAGGAGAGGCAGGCCGUGUUUCCGCGUGUUCUGGAUGGGCUCGAGCGACAUUUUGGCGGGAAGGGGAGAGGGAAGAAGGUGCUUGUACCUGGAAGCGGUAUGGGCAGGCUGGCAAGCGAUAUUGCUGAUCUCGGAUACGACGUCACGGCCAACGAGCUGGACUACGGUUCCAUCCUGGCCUACCACCUGUUAACGAACCACACUCACUCGCUGCACCAACACACACUGCAGCCUUUCGCAACCAAAUGGACACAUCAGGCCAAUCCGUCGUCGCGCUACACUGCCCUAACGGUGCCGGACCACUGGCCAAACAAGUCUGUGAAGCUCGUCGAGGGCGACUUCCUGAACAUGUUCCCCGAGGACGCCGAGUUCGACGCUGUCGUCACAUUGUUCUUCAUCGACAUGUCCGACAACGUGAUUGACUUUCUGAGCAACAUACACCGGCUGCUGAAGCCUGGUGGAGUGUGGAUCAACCUCGGACCGCUGAAGUGGGGCACCCAUUCCGCUCUCCAGCUCUCUGCCGAGGAAGUGCUCCAGCUGGCAGAUGUGCUCGGGUUUGAUGUGGACCAGACGUCAAGGAAGAGCAUCGACAGUCUGUAUGCCGAGCAGCCGGAAACGUUGCUGAAGUUCACUUAUGUUACGCAGUUCUGGUCGGCGACGAAGAGGGUGUAAAAACUUUUCAAUAGCUCAAGCUAUCCUUCUCGAGCCUUCUCAGGUAUCGUCACAAAUCAUUUGGCCAAGGGUUAUUGGUUUCCUCCGUAUAAUAGCGGGCACCGUAUGGUGCACGGUAUGAUGCAGCUGGUGAGCACGGUAUGAGAGUGCCGCGCACGGUAUGGGCGAGGAGCACGGUAUGGGCGGC